AUGCUCAACGUUAUGGAUUUCUCCUGCUCGGACCCGCUUUACUCCAAGUACGAGGAAAACUGCGAGAUGAAAACCGGAGACCUGCAGGGCUUGGGGCAGCCCGAGCAGCAACUUCUGGCAGAGGCCGAUUUCCUGGGAGGUGAGCUGCUGGGUGCCCCGAUGAGCGCCGGGGUGGUGGAUUACUCCCUCCCGGGCAGCCAGCCCUCCCCUUCGCUCAGCUACACCGGCAGCUUCUUCAUCAAGGCGGUACCGGAGCAUCCGCAGGACCAGGAAUCCCUCUUCAACCUGAUGUCGGGGAUCCUGGGCAUCUCCCCCUUCGCUUCCUCUGAGGGCCACCAAAGGCACCUGGAUGCUCUUUACCCCUGUCCCGAGGUGGCUCAGAGCCAGCUGGACCUUUACGCCGCCUGCCAGCCCGAAAUGAAUGGAUCUGCCCAAGCCCCCUUCCCGGAGCAGGGCUACGGCGGCUUCCCCACAGCAGAGGGUGCUCAGCCCCUCCAGGCACAACCCACCUUGGGCAACACCUCGCAGUGCUUCUUCCAGCCCAAGCUCCUGGACAACAAGCAGGACAUCAAGCUGCCCUCUGGUUCCCCACCCCUGGACAAGUUUAAAGCCUCCUGCGCCCAGUGGGAGCCCAUCACCCAGCAUCAGGCCUACUUGCCCACCGGCUACCAUUCUCCUGAAGCCUUCCCGGCUGGGGAGAGUGGCCAGGGGCUGUUCCACCCACUGGGCUCCAAGAUGGAGACCGUCUUGUCCGUCAGCUGCCAGUCGGAGCUCGGCAGCCUGGCGGAGGACACUGCCUGCUUCAGCACCCAUCUGGGCUUCGGCUGCGAGCCAGAAAACUUCCCGGCCCGCGGGGACUUUGCCGACACCAAGAUCCACAACCUCCCUCCUGCGUUAAUGCCGGAAUUCGACGCUUCCUUGGCUCAGCCUGAAGUCCUGCCGGGUCUGAUGAGCUCUGCCAAGCUCCUCCAUCCUCACCCCUCGCCCUCUGUGCCCCCCACGGACUUUUUGGGCCACCCCACCUCUUCCUCCAUCCCUUCCCUGCUGCCCACCAACCCUCCCGCCUUGGCCGAGCCCAAGAAGAAGACGCGCCGGACCAAGUGCUCUUCCAAGUGCUUCUGCCCGAAACCCCAUGAGAAGGCUUUUGCCUGCCCGGUGGAGAACUGCAUCCGGAGCUUCGCCCGCUCGGAUGAGCUCAACAGGCACCUCCGCAUCCACACGGGCCACAAACCCUUCCAGUGCCGCAUCUGCCUGCGGAACUUCAGCCGCAGCGACCACCUCACCACCCACAUCCGCACCCACACCGGCGAGAAGCCCUUCUCCUGUGACACCUGCGGCCGCCGCUUCGCCAGGAGCGACGAGAAGAAACGCCACAGCAAGGUCCACCUGAAGCAGAAAGCCCGGACGGAGGAGAAGCUCAAAGGUUUGGGUUUCUUCUCGGUGGGUCUCUCCUUCGGGACACUGUGA